GUAUCGAUAGGUGCACAACAUCAACAAUUGGGCCGCAUUGUAAUUGUUGCAAAAUGUUAAAUUUCUUAAAUAAAUCGCGACAAUUGCUAUAUCCAGGUGUUCGCAAUCUAUCAAACACUCUCACAGCUCGCCAAAGCAAUGCAAGCACCGAAUCCACAACCGCGGCAACCAAUGAAACAAUUGUUUCGAAGCCGGCACUAAUUUUACCACAGAAUUAUGCAGAGUAUGCGCCGGUAAACAGGAACAGUGCACGGCAAGCAUGGAUUGAGAAUACUGAUGCGGUAAAGGAGCGUAAAGUUGGUCUAAUUGAAUUGCAUCCGGAUGUAUUUGCCGCCCAGCCGCGCGUCGAUAUCAUACAGGAGAACAUCGAAUGGCAGCGCAAGUAUCGUUAUGUAAGUAUGGCACAUGCCAAGACACGCGCUGAGGUGCGAGGAGGAGGUCGAAAGCCCUGGCCGCAAAAGGGCAUGGGACGUGCUCGUCACGGCUCCAUACGCUCCCCGUUGUUCAAAGGCGGUGGCGUCAGUCACGGUCCACGUUCGCCGACAACUCACUUUUACAUGCUGCCCUUCUACAAGCGUGUGCUUGGCCUGACAUCGACACUCAGCGUGAAACUGGCUCAGGAUGACCUACAUAUAAUUGAGAACGUGGAGAUACCCACACGGGAUGCACAGUUCGUCAAGGAUCUGAUACAGGAACGCAAUUGGGGCCCAUCAGUGCUAAUUAUUGACAAGCAAGAUAUCUUUCCGGAGAACAUAUGCUACGCUACCGAUCAUCUGGGCUAUGUGAAUCUAAUGCCCGCCUUUGGACUAAACGUCUACUCUAUGCUGAAGCACGAUACUUUGGUCCUGACUGUAGAUGCAGUGAAGCAUUUGGAACAGCGGUUACUUUACCAGCUGCAUCGUAAUGAUGCAAUCAGCAAGGGCGGCAAAUUCAAGCUGGAUCAAGUUUAAAAAUAGGUCUUCAUUAAUUGUAUUUAAAUAAAUGCAUUGUUAACAAAAA